GGAAGCCAAACGCGUGUUCCCCGGGGCAAUUAUCACCCACGCUCCUCAGGCGCCAUACUUCGCUCCUCAAUUCACCGCCAACUACUUGGAUGUUGAAACACAGGCUGGCAGCAUGAUCGACUUCUACAACGUUCAAUUCUACAAUCAAGGAGGCACAACCUAUGACACGUACGACACAUUGUUUGAGCAUGCCAACGGCUGGUCAGCGGGCACAUCUGUCAUGGAGAUGGCGAACAAGGGCAUUCCCAUGUCCAAGAUCGUCAUCGGGAAGCCAGUGACGAAGGCAGGCGUCGUGAACACUGGCUUUGUGGAGAUGAACCAGUUGGCCAGCUUCUUCAGAGAAGCAGCCUCGAAAGGGACCUUACCAAGGGGUUUCAUGGGCUGGCAGUGGAGCCUUGAUGUACAGCAGCUGGGCGGGACAUGGGCGCAGACGUUGAGUGCGGCUUGGACUGGUGCGCCCAGCACUCCCACCAAUUCACCCAGCCCUUAUCCUCCCAGCCCUGUGGACAGUCCCAACCCGGAGCCUCCCUAUUCCCCGGAUCCAGUUAGCCCAACGGAACCUUCAACGGGCAGUGGGUCUUGCACCCAGGAUUACACCGUCGUCACCGGAGACUCACUUUGGGAGAUAGGCCAGCGGUACGGAAUUCCGUGGACAGAGAUCUUUGAUGCCAACCGGGAUACGAUGUCGGACGCAAACGCCAUAUACGUCGGCCAGCAAUUGCACAUUCCCGUGCCGUGCGACACGGAUGACGGCAGUGUCCAAGUGCCCACCGCCCCUCCACCUCCCAUUCACGAACCUUCACCCGUUCCUGUGCCUUCGCCCGUUUACGAUCCCAUUCCGGUUGGCGGGAAUGGGCAAGCCUGCACUGGCUCGCACUUGGUGCAACCGGGGCAAUCUGUGUACGUGCUUGGGGACAUAUAUGGCAUCAAUUGGCAGGAGAUCUUUGACAUGAACAGGGAUAGGGUUGCACACCCCAGCCAGGAAGUCGUGGGCCAUACUCUCAGGAUUCCUUGUGGGAGUGCCAUUGGCGACGUGCCUUUGUCAGCACCUUUGUCACCUCCUUCCAGGCCUGCUUAUGUUCCAGAGCCUAUUGUGCCACAGACUCCCACUUACGUCCAAGAGCCUAUUCUGCCCAAGCCAACAGACGAUGGUGAUUUGGGAUUUGACUCAGUUGUUCUGGAUCAACCCAUUCCGGUUGGUGAUUCUAGGCCCGACUGCCCAUCCACGCACCUUGUGCAACCUGGGGAGUCUGUCUAUGAGUUGGAAAAGAUGUACAACGUGCCAUGGCAAAAGAUUUUUGAUGGGAACAGGAACAAAUUGUCUGAUCCAAGCCAGGUGAUUGUUGGCCACACACUUGAUAUCCCUUGCUAA